GUCUCCCAUCGCCUCUAUCUAGCCUUCGUCAACAUUUCGUCCCGCUAUCGCUUUUAAUAUCUCCACGUUUUGUCUCAGCUUCUACCUAUUGCGUACUCGUUCGCGCGCGUCUAUAUUGAGCGUGCCGAUCAUCAUUGCUUGAAUUGCUUCACUCAUCGCCAUGUCAGACGAACCGUCCCUGCCGCGGCUCACCGCCGUGUCGUGGGACGAGCACUCGCAGACCUUCUCCAACAACCCGCGCAAGCGCGUGCGCGCCCAGCGGUCCCGCUACUCGCCCUCCGUCGGCUAUAACUCAAGCGAUCCGGCAGUCUUCUCGAGCGACGAUGAUCCGGGACUGGAUAACUACGUCGAGGGCCGCCGCAAGAAGCGUUACGUCGGCUCUUGGUUCCAGCAGCAGCCAGCGUCGUCCGACUCGACCUUUUCCGACGCGAUCGUCAUCCCCAAGGGGGGCCAGAAGCGCACUCUGGCGCGGCAGGUCGACAGUGGUGUAUUCCUGGGCAGUGAUGGCACCGACGGCGAGGACCUCGCUGAUGAGCUGGAGCUUCCCACGCGUUUCAGACUUCCCCAGCUGCAGGACAAGCAGCCUGUCCGGCGCGUCUCCGAGGCGGAGCUGGCGGUGCGGGACAGGAUCCGCACGUGCCUCGAUGGCGGAAUUGAGCAGCUUGACUUUUGGCGAUUGGGCCUGGAAGAACUGUCAAGUGAAACACUAAGUCCCCUCGGCUCCUUCGAGUGCAUCCCCGUCGUCGCAAAGGACGUGGCCUUUGAGCAAAAGGACCCCGAGCUCGAAAUGUAUCUGGCAAUGAAUCGAUUACGGACGCUCCCCGGCGCCUUGUUCGACCUGACGCACCUCACCAUCCUGUCUCUCCGCGGCAACAAGUUGACAGAGCUGCCGCCCGCCAUCUGCAAGCUGCGGAACCUGCGGGAGCUCAAUGUAUCGCAAAACCGGCUGCGACACCUCCCCGCGGAACUUGUCGACCUGUUGGGACCAGACUCGAAGCUGCGUACGUUGGUGUUGCAUCCAAACUCGUUCUAUGAGCCGGAGGAACCCUUUUCACGCAGCUCGGAUACAACGCAAGCCCUUGAACAUCACUCACAGCGCGAGGGUCACUCGAUGCCGCACUUCGCUUCUACGCACCGCGGACGCUCGCCGCUGCAAGUUUGCGAUUCCCGAGGGGAGGUGCUCUCCGGGUUUAGGCUGCCCUUUGAUGAGAACGUGCGGAUGAUUGCGGUAGAUGCGGGCACGCAUGAUGAUUUGCCGGCAUCCUCACAGGGCGCAGCGGCUGCGCGGCGAGACUCAUCUCGACCCAGUGUUGUGCCUACACUCGUCGAGGCAGCCCUUCUGAGCUGCUCCAGGAGUAGCCAGCUCGCGGAUCUGGAGUUUUACAUCCCCGAUGGUCUGCCCUGGCUGCGGCAACUGUUGCGACGGGCAACGCUACAGAGAGAGGCCGGUGGGCUCGGUUGUUCGCGGUGUAGGCGGCCGCUUGUUGUACCGCGGCUCGAAUGGCUGGAGUGGCGGGAUCUGGGCACCUACGAGCCUGCCGCCGAAGGAGCCGGCCAGGGGCAAAGGUUGACGGUGCGGCCGCUGAGCAUGGCGGAGCAUGAGAGGGCCGUGCCAUUUAUACAUCGAGGGUGUUCGUGGGAAUGUGGACCUGAGCGAUAGGGGUUGACGUCGUGCUGCCGCGAGGAGCCGGAUGAGCUUGGAUGGAAGCUGAUGGGCGGGUAGACGAUGUUGUCUCCGACUUGCAUGUACCAAUGGCAGCGUUUGCGAGCGUCUGCUUCAGAUUGCCAUGUAAUGCCGUAGCGAGCGUCACUUGAAUCUAUUGCAG